AGUGCCGCACUCAAAGCUAGAGAACCGCGCAUUGGGAGCGGGAUGGCAGGGAGAGUAAAGCACCACGUCCUUCUCCUCAUGGGGCUCUUGCUGACAGGGACCGCUACAGUCCGGGGAAGCAGAGGGGGAGCGAUGCUUGAUGAGGAGAGGGAGAAGGAAAACGACGCAGAGAGCCCGUGUGAAGUUAAAACCGUUACCGUUUCUACCCUGCCUGUACUCCGCGAGAAUGAGUUCAGUUUCACCGGCGGUGGCUCGGGGAGCGUGGCCGGAGGAGGAGGGGAGUCCCGACUCCUUUUAUUCGUUAGAACAGACCUACCUGGACGAAUUUCCGUUAUGGAUGAUCUUGACAACACCGCUCUCCCAUACUUCACACUGGAGAUGUCAGGUUUGGGGGCAGACAUCUCUCAGGUGCAUUGGAAGCAGCAGUGGCUGGAGAAUGGAACGCUGUAUUUCCACGUGUCCAUGAGCAACUCUGAGCAACUGAUACAGACAACCGUGCCCACGGCCCAGGAGCCUGCUCACGUCCUGCACGAACACAUGCACCUGCUGCACAUCUCUGUUAUGGCGUUCAAGAGCGCCACCAUGAGCUCAUACUGGUGCACAGGCAAGGGCGAUGUCAUCGACAACUGGUGUCGCUGUGACCUGAGUGCCUUCAGUAAAGACGGCCUUCCCAACUGCAGUCCCCUGAGGAAGCCUGUGCUUAGACUGGCCCCUCACCUGGAACCCUCCAGCACCAUGGUGGCCCUGGAGUGGUUGGAUGUGGAGCCACUGAUUGGCUAUAAGGUCUCUGAUUACAUCAUCCAGCACAAGCGGGUGGAGGACCCCUCAGAGGCAGAGAUCUACACAGGUGAGUUGUUAAGUCUGGUGGACGACCUGCUCUCAGGUCUUGGGUCGUCCUGUGUGGUGGCGGGUCGAAGGAACGGAGACCAUCCUCACUCUGUGCUCUACUCGCUGGUCUUCAAGUGCCUGGAGCCCGACAGCCUCUACAAGUAA